AGCAAAGAGAGCCGCCAGCCAAAUCAUCAGACUAUAUAUUAUACUAGCAUUAAUUAUUUAUUCCUUCAAAGAAAGUAAAACCUUCUUUGAAGCAACACACACACAGAAUUGGGAAAUUAAUGAAAGUAUGGUGGUGGUGGUGUUGAUGAUCCCCUAAAGCACCUUAUUUCUCACUUAACAAAAACUACAUAUUGAUGGGGGAUAGUAAUGUCAACCUGCCACCUGGCUUUCGGUUCUACCCAACAGAUGAAGAGUUAGUUGUUCAUUUUCUCCAUCGCAAGGUUGCUCUUUUACCUUGUCAUCCUGAUGUCAUUCCUGAUCUUGAUCUUUACCCUUAUGAUCCUUGGGACUUGGAUGGAAAAGCAAUGGCAGAAGGCAACAAAUGGUAUUUCUAUAGCCGGAGGACACAAAGUAGAAUCACUGAAAACGGAUACUGGAAAUCAUUAGGAGUUGAUGAACCAAUAUUCUCAAGUUCAAGUGACAGUAAUAUUGGCAUGAAGAAAUACUAUGCUUUUUACCUUGGUGAGAAACCUGAAGGUGCCAAAACCAAUUGGGUUAUGCAAGAAUUUAGUCUUUCUGACUCUUCUUCUGCUUCUGCAAGUAGCCGUUCAUCUUCUAGGAGAAAAAGCCGUUCCAAAAUCGACUAUAGCGGUUGGGUAAUAUGUCGUGUAUACGAGCGCAAUUGUGAUAAUGAUGAUGACGAUAAUGGCACAGAGCUAUCAUGCUUGGAUGAAGUUUUUCUAUCACUAGAUGAUCUUGAUGAAAUUAGUUUGCCGCACUAGCUAGCUAGUUGGAUCUACGUCAUUAUUAAUUGUAUGUGUAAUUAAUUAGAUCCAAUAAGCUAGGAUCUAAUUAACCUUAAUUACAUUUCUAUUUAGUAUUGUUAAUUUGUAGCAUGCAAAACUGCCACCAACUUGAUUAGCUCUGCUAGCUACUUUAAUUUCAUAGUAAAUGAAAACAAUGUAUGUAACAAAUCAAGAUCAUCACUAUGCAAUGUCGAUAUAUGGAAGAAAGUUUUCCCA